UCAGUUCGACUCGAGCGGCGGGCAGGUAGAGAUCGUUCGCUGGCUGGCUCCUCUGCGCAAACGUUUCCGUUUUCGGCUUCAGCAUUCGCGCGUGUUUCUUCUCCAGACGAGGAUGAGCAUCGUUCACCAAGCAGCUGCAAAAGUGCAACAGCAGCAACAUCGGCAAGAUCAGCAGUGACCGCAGCGACGCAAACGGGUUUCAUUCGCACUCGACGGGCAUUUACUUUUAUUGUGUGUGCGGUUGGGUCGCGUGCAGUUCACGGAAUAUGCAAAAGCCUUCAUCAUUAAAUUAAACACAGACUAACGACUAUCCACGGCGGCUUUACUUGAUUCAUGAAUUUAGUUCUAUACUGCGAGGCAAGCAGUACGCUCGCUUGUGCUGCGCUAAAAAAAAUAAUAAGUAAAUGUUCUGGAUAAAAGUGCAAUCAAAAGACAAAUAAGUGCACUAACAAGAAACUCAAAAGCUACAAGCAACAUAACUCGAAAUUCAGUACGCCUGAGUUGGAAAACACCGAAACCGAAAUCGAAAUCGAAAUCGAAUCUACAUAUAACCGAUACCAUAAUGAAGCACAAGCUUCUGCUGUUGUUCCUUGCAGGAGCGGCUUUGCACCUGGCCACUGAAGUUCGUGGUCAACAUGAGGACAUUCCGUACCAGCCGGUGAGCAACAUCUGCCAGACGUGCCUAUGCCUCAGCACCCAGGAUGUGGAUCAUCGGACGCACUUCAACCUGGACUGCUCGGUGAGGAAUUUCGAGCACAUCCUGGCCCGCUGGCCGGAGCAGUUUGGCAGCCAGGCGAUUGCGUCCGGAGCUGCAUCGGAGAUUGUGGUCUCGUACUCGGGCAAUAGGAUCAAGUUGCUCCAACAGCUGCCGGCCACAAAUGCCAGCUUAACGCUCUCCUGCCGCCACUGUGGCCUGCAGGAUCUGCAGGCUCCGCUGUUCAUGGACGUGCCCAAUGUGCAGGCCCUUUACAUCAGCUGGAAUGAGCUAACCGACGAUGCCUUGGUGCCGGAUCUCUUCAGAGGUCCAUUCCGCAACACUCGCUACGAGCCGAUUGGCUUGCGAGACCUGGACCUGAGUCACAACCGGAUAGCUCGACUGGAUCGGCGGCUCUUCGAGCACACUCCCCACUUGACCAAGCUGAACUUGGCCUACAACAAGCUGAGUGCCCUGGAUGAAGCCACCACAGCCGCCAUUGCAUCGGUUGCUACACUGCAGCGACUGGAUCUCUCCCACAAUGGCCUGAUGUCUCUACCAGCACAGCUUUUCCCGAAGCUCACAAACCUCCGUUUCCUGGAUGUCUCCGGAAAUGAGUUUUCCACGAUGCCAGCCAGCCUGCAGCAAUUGGGCAAGUCUUUGGUUCAACUCAACUUGGCAGGAAAUGCAUUUCUCAGCUUGAAGGAGAAUAGCCUGCAGGGCUUGGAUUCCCUGAAACGGCUGAACAUCAGUAGCAUGCCAUCGCUGCGAAGCCUGGAGAAAGGAGCUCUGAACUUGCCUGCCUUGGAGCACCUAGAUUGCUCUAGGAACUCGAAGCUGGAGCGCUUGGAGCUGGCCGAUCUGCUGAGCAGUCGGAAUUUGUCGAAGUUGGACUUGUCCUGGAAUGCACUGACCACUCUGGUUCUGAAUGCCACCGGUUCGAGCAAUAACAGUAGUAAUUCUACGAGUGAACCCUGGCCACGACUCCGUCGCAUGAGCAUCUCCGGAAAUCCCUGGUAUUGCAGCUGCGAACUGUUCAAAGCCCUGGAGCUGGUUGGACUGAACCACAUCGACCGGGAAUGGGAUGGAACCGAGGCGCGUUGUGAAACGCCAUACCUUCUGGCCGGAUCGCCGCUCUCCAAUUUGACAGCCGAACGGAUCUGCAAAAUGGUGAUACCCAAGAAAUAUCGCGAGGUGGACGAGGAGCCACCGCGAUUCCUGCGACGCCGCUACAUAAUACUCACCGCCAUCAUAGCCAGCAUUGUCCUGGUAAUUGGUCUUGUGAUCGGAUUCGUCGUGGUCUGUGUGCGCCGGCGGCUCAAGGGCAGCGAUUACGGAGUACAACCCAUCCGGUACACCAGCGUUAGGGGCAGCAAUCUGUCGCAGUUCUCGCAGCUGCAGCCCGCCUCGGUGGCCAGCAAGUUCAAUAAUGUCCAUGCCGGAAGCAGCAGUGGGGUGACCACUGGCGCUGCCAAUGCCUAACACGGUGUUGAAAUCCUAAUGCGGUUCAAAUUCCGAGCUAGCUGCACAAGUUUCGAGCCAAAGAUGUCCACGACAGUGACGCGAUCCCAACCGAAAGACUUCCUGUGCGUGCUAUCCUGUACAUAUGUAGGUGCUCCCUGUAUUAAAUUCCACAAAGGAGCUGAUCCCAUUGCCAGUCCCUAGACCCUAGUAUUUAGUGAAGCCAUCGAUGUUUGUAUUGUACUUAAGAUCCGCACAUUAGUGUGUAAUAAAACAUUUUUAAUU